AUGGCAUCACAUUCUUUGCAACAAGAAAAAGGAAAUCAUGGUGAUGAUACUAAAAAUAUUGUGUUGAAAAAAGGAAAAUGGCUACCAGAAGAAGAUGCAUUAUUAAGAGAUUAUGUGGGAAAAUAUGGAGCUAAAAAAUGGGAUAAAGUACGAGAGAAAAUAAAACUCAAUAGAGAUGGAAAAAGUUGUCGUUUUAGAUGGUUAAAUAGUCUAAAACCAAGUUUGAAAAGAGAUUCAUUUAGUGAAGAAGAAAUACAAAAACUUGUUCGUCUCUAUUGUGAGUUAGGACCUAAAUGGUCUCAAAUGGUUUCACAGUUUCCUGGAAGAACCGAUAACGAGUUAAAGAAUUUUAUUAAUUCAAAAACAAGAAUUUUAAAAAAAUCUAGAAAGUUCUCCUUUUCAGAGAGCAUAAACAAUAUUGAUGACUUGAUUGAGAGUGUGAUGAGGGAUUCUAGUAACCAAGAAAAUAACGUCUCUCAAAAAGAAGAAAUGGCUCUACCAAGAGUAGAAUUUGAUCAUCAAGAUAUUAUGCAAGAUAAUUAUCUAGAUCAAUUUUAUUACGAGGAAAAUAUCAAUUUUAAACCACUUUCAACGUUGGUUGAUGAUUCAAAUAUGAUAUACAAUAAUGUGGGAAGCUCUCCUUUAAGCAAUCAUAUUGUUCCAACAUUGAAUGAUAGAUUUCCUACACUCCCGCAAAGUUCAUACUUUCAAGAUAAGGAAAAUAUCAACUUUGAACCACUUCAAAAGUUGGAUGAUAAUUCAAAUAUGUUAUAUAAUAAUGUGGAAACUACUUCUUUAUCCAUGAAACAAGAUCUUCUUACACUCCCAGAAUGUUCACACAUUCAAAAUAAGAAAGAUACACGUCCAUCAUUUACAUCAAAUAAUAUGCUUUUUAAUCAAGAUCUCCCUCCGCUUCCACAAUGUUGGUACAAUCAAGAUAUGGAUUAUCAACAUCCAUUAUUUUCAUCUGAGGAGUUUUUUGAUCAAUAUCCUCAAAAUUCAAUUCUAUCAUCUCAUGAGAUUCAAUAUGAGAUGUUAAAGCCUAAUAGUCCACGUACUAAUGGCUAUCUAGAAGCCAUGUUAUAUCCACCAAAGAUUUUGUAA